GUGGUUCCAGCCAAUGAGAGCUGCAGGGACAGCAUUCUGCGCAGCGAUCGCCUGAUGCUGGUUUAUCUGCUCUACAACAACCUGGAAGACAUCUGGGGCAAAUCAGACUGUGCCAGCUGUGUCACUAAAGGAUUCCACAGCCUCACCAACGACACGCUGUACUUCAUGAGCUUCGUCAACCAAACUCUCACCUGCUUUGAGAAAUAUAAAGAGGGGAAUCACACGGAGCUGUGCAAAAACUGUAAGAAAACCUACCGAGGCCUGAAUGAGCUGUACGGCCGAAUGGAGACCGACAAAACCAUGUGUAUUGACAUAGAGGAUGUGAUGAAUGUGACUCGCAAACUGUGGAGUAAGGAGUACGAUUGUUCGCUCCCCCGCGAGGAGACGGUGCCUGUCAUCGCCGUGUCCAGCUUCAUGCUCUUUCUGCCCAUCAUCUUCUACUUGAGCAGCUUCCUUCACUCGGAACAAAAGAAACGCAAGCUCAUACACCGUGAGUAACCAGCUUAAUUCGCCCAUUGUCACACGGAGAGA